AAAAGAAAAAAACUCAGAGGGAGAGGAAAAUUUGAUUGAGAUAGUUGUGGAUUUUUUCCAACAAGUUUCCCCGCAGCUGUUAUCAAAACAUGCAAAUGAAAUUUUCCAACAGGAUCUUAAACAAAUCUGGAGGAGUUAAUGCCUAAGCAAAAUAAUCAGCCUGUUUGAAGUGACUGUGGGUUUCAGUUUGUCCUUUCUCCCGUGAUACUAUUGCAGGGGAAUGAUAAUUAGACCUUUACUUUAAAAAUCCAAAGGGGCUCUUGCUUUCUCUUCCCUCCCUUUUCUUCCCCUCCUCCCUCUCUCUCUCUCUCCCUCUCUCUUUCUCUCUUGCUCAGAAGUUGGCAAAGGGGGUUUUCUUAAUCAGACUGUUUUCUGGUCUGAGGGAAAGGAGGAAGAAGGAGAUUGUGAUGGAGAAAGGGGGUCUGUAAAACGUCAGGCACCGCACAAAGGCUUUGCCACGUAAUUACAGGCUCCUAUUAAGUCGAGAUCUGCCCUCCCAGGGGUCUCCAAUUUUCUUGUAUUCCCUACAAAGCCUCCUCUGCAUGCCAGUUUGUGCCUUUUGAAGUGCCAGAGAGCUUCUUGAUCCAACUGAGAAGGAAAAAGGAGCUCAGCAAGAAGAGGGGGAGAGAGAGAAGGGAACAGGGAAACCCACCACCACCACCCUCCUUCGGACUCUUGGAGCCUUUUUUUCCCCCCUCCUUAGGAAAAGUAAAGUGAGAAUCCUGCUCUCCAAUACAUCUGCAAGACAUCACCCUCUCCUCCUGAAACUUUAGUCACUCCUGAGAAUCCACAGGAGUGCAGAGAGGGGGAACACAUUUUCUUGAAGAUGUUUUAAAGCUGGAACAAGCCUUCUUCUGUUGGUGCUUGAACUCUUGCCUGGGAAUAACUUUUUUAACCUAAAACACACACACACACACACACACACACACACACACUUUGAUUCUUCUCUCCCACCCCUUCUUCUCUCUUCUUCUGUUUGCCUAACUCCCCCGCCCUGCUGGCCUCCCCUUUCCUCUCUUCCCCUUAUUAUUAUUUUUAGCGUGUGCGUGUGAACGCUUUUGGAGAGCUGAAGGGGAUUUUUUUUCUUCUUCUUCUCCUGACUUGAACAUAGGGUGACUUUUAAUUUUAUUUUUUGGUGUGGAUUAUCUCUUUGGACCGCGCCGGACUUGGCCUCGGGAAAGCAACCGAAGCUGUCGGAGGCUGCCGGUGCACAACGCUCUGCUCUACAGAAGGGGGUCCCCCGCCCUCUUUCCACUUUUUUUGUUCUUCCCCUCCUUUCUCUCUCUCCCUCUCUCUCUCUCCAUUCCCUCCCCCACUUCCCCACUCGGCUCCUCUCCCCCCUCGCGCCCACAGCGUUUGGUGUUGAUUCGAGCGGGAAGAGGGGGGUGGGUGGGAUCGGAGGGGGAGACCAUGACCUCCAGCUACGGGCACGUUCUGGAGCGGCAACCGGCGCUGGGCGGCCGCUUGGACAGCCCGGGCAACCUCGACACCCUGCAGGCGAAAAAGAACUUCUCGGUCAGUCACCUGCUAGACCUGGAGGAAGCCGGGGACAUGGUGGCGGCGCAGGCGGACGAGAGCGUGGGCGAAGCGGGCCGGAGCCUCCUGGAGUCGCCGGGACUCACCAGCGGCAGCGACACCCCGCAACAGGACAAUGAUCAGCUGAACUCAGAGGAAAAGAAGAAGAGAAAGCAGCGGAGAAACAGGACAACCUUCAACAGCAGUCAGCUGCAGGCUUUGGAGCGUGUCUUUGAGAGGACACACUACCCAGAUGCUUUUGUGCGAGAAGACCUUGCCCGCCGGGUGAAUCUCACCGAGGCCAGAGUGCAGGUGUGGUUUCAGAACCGAAGAGCCAAAUUUCGCAGGAACGAGAGAGCCAUGCUGGCCAAUAAGAACGCUUCCCUCCUCAAAUCCUACUCAGGAGACGUGACUGCCGUGGAGCAGCCCAUCGUACCUCGUCCUGCUCCAAGACCCACCGAUUAUCUCUCCUGGGGGACGGCCUCUCCUUACAGAUCCUCGUCCCUCCCAAGAUGUUGUUUACACGAGGGGCUUCAUAACGGAUUCUAACGGAAGACACUGAAAAGCGCCAUGGCUACUUACUCUGCCACAUGUGCCAACAAUAGCCCUGCACAGGGCAUCAACAUGGCCAACAGCAUUGCCAACCUGAGACUGAAGGCCAAGGAAUAUAGUUUACAGAGGAACCAGGUGCCAACAGUCAACUGAGGAAAAAAAUAUUUAAACAGGCCUAAGAAGAAAUCAAAAACCAUAAGACACCUAUCCUGCUCUGUCAUUUCUUCAUCUGCUGGGAAAAAAAAAUAAAAACAAACAAACAAACCAAAAAACAGAACUAAGCUAUUGGGACCAUGGCAGAGAAAAGCAGGAGAGGAGCAAAAUGAAAAUUAGCUAACAAAUGUUCCUCCUCCCUCUGGGAUACCACCACCACUUGUUUCUGUGUGUGUUAAUUUUGUUUUUCCUUCUAUUCAUAUGCUUUUCUUAAUAUAAUCUGAGCUUCUUCAGUUAAGUUCAGCCCACCCACCCCCAUGAUUGUAUGGGUUUUCAAAGAAUCUACAGCAGCCAAAAAACUACACACACACAUACACACACACACACACACACACACACACACGCAUGCACACACACAUUCAGAAUAAUUGCCUAUAGUCUCCUCAUUGACCUGUUUGAAAUUCAGUGCCUUAUCUUAUCCUUCUUCCCAGUUCUCUGCAUAGAAACUCUAGGAACUUCUGAAAAGCCAAAGUCUUUCUGAAGAAUCUGUGCCAGACAGAAUUCCCUUUCUCACUGUCUCCAUCUCUGUUGGUUAUGGUAAGGUUUUUCCAUCAGCUACCAGGAAAAAAGAGCAACUGUGUACAACAUCUUGGUCACUGAUAUGUCUGAUCCGGUGUGAUUGGCUGUGUCUGGCUAAUUCUAAGAUCCAAGCUCUAGAUCUAAGCUCUAGAUUUAAGCUCUAAGCUAUAGAGGAUAAUAUCACCAUCACCACCACCCUUCAUCCAUAUCCAAGCAAUCAGCCUUCUUAAGUUAAAGAUAUUUGUUGUUUCCUGAAUGAUUUGCUGUCAUAGGUUAUUUGCUAGAAAAAAUAUUUUUUCACUUGAGAGAGGGAGAGACAGUUUUCUAGGAAAACAAAGACUGAGUUGUGAAAGUCAUGGCCUACAUCUCUUUGAUGCCUUAAGGGUAGUCAGAUGCACACAUAUAUAUACUGUAUAUAUUUAUAUAUUUUACAUAUAUAUAUAUAAAAUAUUCUUGCAAGCUUGAGUUUGCAGUUUCUCAAACACUACAAAGAACAAAUUACACAACAUCACCAGUGACCUUACUUCUAUAGUGAUGAGAUUUUUAUUAGGGAUCUCAUUUUCUUUCUUCCUCUAUACAAAAUUCUCAUUACAGCCAUAGAGGAACUGAUAGGGCAGCUGUUUGAGAAUGGUUCUAAUUUUAGGGUUUUAAAUAAAUUAGAAACUAUUUGAGGCUAUGAAAAUGUCCUGGAGUUUGGCACCUGAACUCUGGUGGAAUGCUGAUAAACUCUGAUCUAUCAAGGGAAUUACACUUAAGAGGGAAAGCCAUUUAGUCAUCUGUCUUUUUUCCACUCAGCAGGAACCUGAAAGAUGUAUAAGAUCUUGAAAGUUUAUCUAAAUUCUAAAACUUUAAAAGGCAAUUCUGAGCUAUUUUUAUUUCCUAAUAUUUUGAGAUAAAGUUUAGUUCUAGGGCUACGAGCCAGGACUGACCUUUUCUUUGUUUCUUUCUCUUUGUUCCACCCAUGCUUUUGUAAUUUGUCAGGUAGACUUGACCAAAGUAUAUUACCAUGCUGUGCCUUGGUUUCCCUUUUUGUAAAAUGGGAUUAACAAUACUUACCUACCUCACAGGGGUGUUGUGAGGCUCUAAUCCUUUGCUCCUUCAUUCUUUCCUGUAUUCUUUGUAUGUCCAGCACUUUGUAGCCAUGGGAGGAAAGGGACUAUAAAAGUAUACAUGUUAAUGGAAGGAUAUGGUACCCAAAAGCCUUGUUAGAAAGCAAGGGUAUGCUACCUUGCUGUAAAUACUCUAACUUUGUAUUUGGAAAUGUGAAAUAUGUUUAUAUUUGUAGACCUCUCAAAAACCACAUCAUUUGACCAAAGAAUAAUUUAAGACACACAGAACAGACAUAUUUGUGACUUAUGUUCUCAUCCAUACCAACUUGGGUCCUAAUAACUUUCAUUACCAGUAACUGAAAAAACUCUAGAUUGAUUUUGGCCAAAUAUGCCAACUCUGAGUGACAGGCAAGGCUUUGGGAUUUAAGAUGCACUUUCAGUAACACAUUUAUUUCCCCUGACAUGUCAAAUUGAACUAGUGGUGGUAUUUUUUUUUUUCAGUCAAAGAGCCACCAAUCUGAAACUGUAUUCUAAUGUUUAUUCAGUACUUCUUUUAAUGAGAAGCCCAUCUUAUGUAUUUUGCUUUUAUCAGCUGACUCCCUCUUCUUUUAAUAUAUUAUUAAAACAUUUCUUACUGAAUGGUUUAUGUAGGCUGGCUGAACAACACACGUUACUUGCUUUCUAAAGUGUUCUUCAACUAAUUCUUUUGUCCCUCUAUCUACUGCAGAUUAUCAAGUUUCAAAGGAACAGUGUAUCUUAACAGGUUAAAAAAUUCUUUAUGAAAAUGAGUACAGUCCAAGAAAUUGGUGAACUUUUAGAGUUUGGAGUUUGGGGAGAACAGCUAAAAGAGGGUUUGGGUUACAGUGCAGGAAGGAAAAAUCAGAUGUGAAAAGAUUUUGCUAAAAAGGAGGGAAUCUUAGAAGAGGGAGUAAAGAGACAGAGGGCCAUACAAAACAAGGUCAUUUGAAGAUUUCAUCCUAACAUUCAUUUUCAGUGGUGAACAGAAAAGCCUGUGCCCAUAACCCCAGUGCUAGGUGAAACUAGGCAACUUUAUCCAAUGCCUGGGCAAGCACUGUCUGGGAAUAUCAUAGAGUAACCAAAGCUGUCAGUCACGGGAACUUUUAUUGCUAGUGAAUCAAUACCGUAAACAUCUAUUAUCUAAGCAUUUGAUGGAGAAGUGUGCACAGAGUACAAACACUCAAUUUUGUUCAUUCUUCAUUGAUUUAAAAAAAUAGAAGUUUUCUAUGUUAUUUGGAGGAAUAGCCUUCUGGCUCCUAAACCAGAUGUCAACAGAGAGCCUCAGGGCCAAAAGUUUAAAGGUAUAUCCCUGUUCACAAUCAUCUAUACCCAGAUAACAGAUGAACACAUACAAACUAUCUGUCUGUGUCCCCAGUCCCUCCCCAAACAAGAUGCUCAUUUAUAGGGUACUUGGCAGGUUAAAUCAAACCAGAAGAGCUGAUCAGAUAAAAAAGGGAAUGAUAUUUAGGGUAUAAAGAUCUCAUAAGAAAUGUAAUAUGUAAAUUAUAUCUUGCUUUAUGAUGUAAAAUAUACAUUGUUUGCUCUAGAGUAGAAAUAAUUCCUUUUCAAUAAAAAGAAUGAUACUGCUGUUGUCACCUA